GGCGCACCCCGGUGGUGCUUCAGCAUUUUUGUCCGUCCGACACACACACACACAGAGAGAAAGUGUCAACAAUUUGGUUUACAUAAUGGAUGAAUUUACACCUUGUAACCUCAACUACCUUCCAGAAAACAUCUUACUUGACGUGCUGUCAUAUUUGAGCGUUCGUGAGCUCGUCCGAGCUGGAAGAGUGUGUAAGAGAUGGAGACGCCUUGUGAGGGAUCAAAGACUGUGGAGACUUGUCGACCUGACUGCGUGGAAAGGGAUGACAUCCCGUAUUCUGUGGGCCUUGCUCCGCCAGUAUCUAGGUUGUGGGCUUCGAUGUUUACGCUUGCGUGGUUUGCUCCUCUCUGUCCGAGGAGGCACCUUCCUCUCCGAGGCUUGGCUCAAAGCUUUGUCCACCAAGUGCCCUCGCCUGAGUAGGCUCUACCUUCUGCAUGCUGAUUUGAGAAGCCUCCCCAGUUGCCAACUCCUGCCUCCAUCCCUGAAGGUGUUGGAGCUGCGAGGCUGUGAGCUGCCUCAGGACUUCUUCAACCAGGACCUUCCUACAUCGUCUGAAGAGGGUGCUGAAGCCACCUCCAGUGCGAAACAGAAAGGAAGUAGUGGACGUAGCGCUCCGUCAGGGAUUUCUAUCGAAUGUUUAAUCCUCAAUAAUGUCCCUUCUUUCAAAGACCAGCACCUGCAGAGUCUGACGUCAUGGCAGAGGCUCAGCCGUUUGGAGUUAUGUGACACAUUUCGAGUGACCGCUAGCGGGCUCAGGACCUGUGCUGCCAAGGAUGGGGCGUGUGGUGUGGAAGGCCUAUUUCGGCUUAAGUAUCUAGAAAUAAGCAUCACUACGCGUCAGGGCUACCAGCUGCAAAUGGCUUCCUUGGGGUUAGGAGCAGGAUGGCUGGGACUCGAGGAGCUGAGCCUUGGCGGCAAGGAGGUAGGACCCGGGUUGCUCUGCGCGAGCCGCCUGAAGGACCUGAAGCGCCUCUAUCUAAAGGCCUGCACCCUCAGCGAGAUGCAGAUUGUGCGGAGUUGUAGAAUGCUCCGCGGCCUCUCCGGGCUCCACAGACUGGAGUUUUUGGAUGUGGUUUUCCAGCCGCGGCUGUGCCCCCCUGAGGGACGAGGUGGCGGCGAGGAGGAGCAGGAGGGCGAGGAGGAACCUGCAGGUGGAGAUACUGUCAACAGUGAGAGCAAACCAGAUGAACUGAUUCCUAAUCUGCGUCGCUCCCUGGCUAUCCUGCUGCCGUGCUGCACACUCGCUUUCAGCAAUUGCUCUGUUCAGAGCAAUGCGGACUAAGUGAAUGCAUCCUUUUUUAACGAACGAUUCCUCUGUUAUAGCACUCAAAACACGAGCCAAAGUGUUUACACUCCAGUCGAAACAAAUGUUUAAUUUGAUCUUCCAGUAUUGAUGACGUGGAAAACACAGGUACCACAUUAUUAGAAACACUUAGAUUAUCGAAUGAGAACAAGUGCCAUUUCUUGACUGGACUUCCUGCUGAUUCACAUGUUGAGGGAUCUUUCAAGAAUGCCAAUUUUAAACUGAGCUAUGUUUUUUUGGCCUGAUGGAACAAGUUGACAUUUUUUUAUAUAAUGUGUUUGACUCUUUUAAAUUACUUAUAUCACACAGGCAUUUCUCUUUCUUCUUUUAAAUAAUGCAAGAAAUGUUCAUUAUGAAUAAGAUUCCGUCUAUCAUAAAUCCAGUUUUAAUACAUAAGGCUUCACAUAUGCUUUUCACAUCACGAUGCAGAAAGCACAAGUGUUAUUUCUGUUGUUCAUUUAAAUAAAAUGCUAUGUAUUGCA